CACUUGAAACUUAUCAUAUAGAACAACAAUGAAAAUAUUUGACGCCAAUAGCAUCGUUUCCACAGCAAACGCAAAUGAAGUGUUUCGUUCAUGCGUACACCAAAACCCCACUUGAAUGUGGUUGCGUGAUUUACAAAGUAUCGUAACUUUUUUCUCACUUGAGAUUUUUCUUUGCGACGCAAUACAACAUUCUAAGAUGAUUGAGUCUGCUCUCCUCCAAUACAAACGAAAGUGAGACAUUUGCGAUUUGAAAGAGAAGAAUGUGCACGCAGUAUACAGUGACAGUUUGUCCUUCUUCUUCGCUCACUGUCAGACGCAUUCAUGUGAUGCAAGCGAACAAGUUGACUUUGUGUUGAAUCAUUUAAGACGACAACAAAACCGUUAGUCAAUUUCUUCACUGUACAACACCGUCGCACAUCUCGCAGAGAAUCAUUCUAACAUUUUCGUUCACUCGAGAUAGUUUAUUUAGUUUAUCUUGGAUUUCAAUCCCAACAAAAAAAAAUAUUCCUAACAAAUUUAUUUCUGUAAAGAGAGUAAAUCGUUGAUUUUCAAAUUGUUUUCGUGUAUUAUACUUACUAUCAUUUAAUUACCAAAAAGUCCAAAUCCAAAUUUUAUCGUCUCAUUUGAUUGGCACACGUUUUGUUAGAACAGCCGAAUCAAUAUUUUAGAGGGAAAUUCCAAAUCAAGUGCUCCGUUUCGAAUCAUUAACGGGGACAGACGAUAGAGUUUGGAAGGGGAAAAAUUUAGUGCAAAAUAAAAAUUCGGUGCAAAUUUUCAGUAAAGAUCAAUUGUUUGCUAAUUGAUUUUUGUGUGUAUUUUACUUUUUGAGAACUUUGCAAACGUGAAAAUGCCAACGACACGUUUUAGUCGAACAUUUGCAUCGGGAAGUCGCCCCACGCCGGAUCCAUUCGAUAAAUUCCUUGAUUCACAUGGUUUUUACCGCAAACACACGGCCCGUGAUUCGACCAAUUUAUUUCGCGUUGUGUCCGAGCAAUUGUAUGAUACCCAAUAUCAUCACAAACAGGUGCGCAAAGAUUGCGUCAACUAUAUGAUCAAGCAUCGUGACCAAUAUGAAACAUUGAUACAAGGUGACUUUGAAAAGUAUGUUCGUGAAAUGGCAAAAAACGAAACUUUUGGCACUUUAAUGGAACUACGUGCAAUGGGCUACUUGUUCAAACGCAACAUUAAAUUGUUUCGACCAUUUGAAUUGGGUGUUUGGAUCGUCGAAGAUUCAGAUUACGCUGAUCCUGCCAUGUAUGUGUUUCACGCAUCACACUUUGAUUCAGUGUUUGAAAAGUCAUACAUCAUCGAUGCAGCAUUUUGUCAAUCGAUUGUAUACGAAAUGCUUUACAAAAAUGUAUUCAAAUUGCCCGAUAUUGAAUAUUCGGUGGAAACGAUGCUCCAUAGUGACAUCAUACAGCCAAGCUCACACGAAUAUGAAAACGGUGAUGCAUACGCAACGCACAUUGUUUUUCAAGACGGACGCAAAUUCCAACUCGAUCGACCAGAAAACACGCGUUGCAUUUUAAACGAUCCAGUGCGGUGCCAUUUUCAUAACAAAAAUUUCGAAGAACUUUUGAAGCAAGACGCCAAACGGUUCGAAAAGUCAAUUUUAUCGGAUAAAUUUUGUUCGUGCGUUCGCCAGUUACUGUUUGAUGGAAUUACACCGUUUCCCUACAAAGUUGCCAAGGCACUCGAUGAGAAUAUCUAUCGAAAUGUUGAAUUCGAUUCAUGGAACGAGGCACGAAAGGCAACCAAAUCCAAACAGAAUUAUAAGGCUGGCGAUGAAUGUUUGGUUAAGUUGAACGAAGCGGACAAUGGACUUAACAAAUGUUACAUAGAAGCAAAGGAAUCAAACGGCAACACGCACCCACUGAGCGGCGGCACGCAACGCAGCAAUAUUGUUCAAUCGCAUCGUCGCGAUCCGUAUGCGAAAUUAAUACACAAAAACGAAAGCAUCGGCAAAUACGGAUACGGAUCAUGUGACGCUACAUCUCACACUCAAGAUAAAAAGAAGCUUGAUGAUUUAGUUUUUGACUACGACGCCAUUUGCGAAAUUUCUAAGUCGCUUGACUUUGAGUCAUACAUAAAUUUGUCUAAUAUUAAGUUCACAUCGAGCAAUAAUCAAGAGAUAAUUGCUUAUCCGAUGGUCUACUCGCAAACAAAUAAUAUGAGUACAAACAAUUCGAGUGGUAACACCAACAUGGGUGGUUCAAAGAAAAAUCGUAAUCAAAAUGCAUCCAGCCAGAACAAUGCGCAAUGUGAUUCCAGUGACAAGCACCAACAUGUCAAAAUCGAUUCGGAAGAAAACAUAUAUGGGAAAAAUUCGCACGAAUCGAAACCAGAUUCGCAACAAACACAUCAACCUGGUGGGUACUAUCAACAUCAAUCGCAGGAUCACGAUGCCAGUUUGCCAGCGAACCAGCAACAUGUGCCAAAUUAUUACCAUCAAACCGCCGCGGCACCCAUUUACUAUUGCCCGACACCUGACUACAACGAAUCGAAUGUGUAUUCAUCUGAAAUGGUUUUGCCAAAUGGCGUUUACGCAGUUCCAGCCCAUGCAUAUCAAGUGCCACCGAUGCAAACAAAUAUGUAUGCGCCAGUUGCUGGAAAUCAAACAUCGCCCUAUCCAGUCCAUGUUGGCAGCUGGCCUGGAUACAAUCCACAGGUGAACCCACAAGGUUAUGUUUUUCCCGGUCCACCGCAAUAUGCGAUGCCAGCUUUUCCUGCACCGAUUCCAUUCCAAUUGCCAUUCCUCAAUCGCGAGUUGCUCCGUUCGAACGGUCGCAUCAAUUUCAGUCCAAGCUAUUCUUCUGCACCCACCGGCGAAGAUUUGCCGUUGAAUGAUAAAGUCUCUGUGAGAUUUUAUUACAAUUUGGGUGUCGAAUACUUCAAGUUGUUGCAACAAGUUCAUGGACAUGGUCAAUUAAUGGCAAUGAUCGAUGGUGAACCAUGUGCUGGAAAUAACUAUGAUCAACAGUCCAACGAUAUUGAAUCAAAUCAACUGGCAGCCGAUUUUCAGCAAAUGAACUUCGAAUCGAAUGAAAUCGAAAUCCAGUCACCAUCGAAGCCAAGAGGCUACAACGAGUAUGGAUACGGUCGCCGUGGUUCAAAUAUGAAAUACAGUAAGCGAAAUGACAAUCGAACAAAUUGUGGAAAGCAUUUCCAAGGUUCGUUCGUUGGUCCAACGUCAAAACCAUUUCCAAAGAACAAUCAAAAGUACAUGAGCAACCAGAGUGGUGGCAGCUACGAUGGCACACCAGUCAAGGAUACAAGUGGAAAAUCGCAUCAACAAGGCCAUGGUUUAUCAACCAAACGAGAACCAUCCAAUCCGGAUAGCGACAACUCCAGCGGCAACAGCGGUUUUGGCUGCAACGUUCCACCGUUCCCAUUUCACAACGAUCCAAACGAAUUGAACCAACACUAUGGACCACCGGGAAAUGUGUAUUCGCGAAUGACACCACCUGUUAGUGUUGGCCGUUCGGCGCCGGUGUUGAAUAUCCCCGCCACAUACCAUCAUCAAAUCCAUGGCAAUUACUGGAUUCCACCAAAUUCACAUCAGGCACAACAACAACAACAACAACAACAACAACAGCAACAGCAACAGCAGCAGCAAAGCCAGUCGCAUUCGCUUAAUACCAGCGCUGCAUCGAACCCAUCCCAAUAAGUUCUUAUCAAAAGAUGAACCCAAAAGCAAAAGCCGAAGUGUCUUAGCUGACAUCGUUGAUCAUACGACAAAAAAGUCGAUAAACUUACAAAACUCAUUAUUUUAACAACGCAUAGCGGCCAUCAACAAAUCAGUUAACAAGUUUAAUUCCAAAUAUGAUAAUCAUGAUAUUCAACCGAUUACUUUCUCUUUAAACUAAUUCCCCAUAUGAAAGUCCGAAUCAUUCAUUUUUGCUUUAGUUUAGAGAUAUAAGAGCCAAAUUUAUAGUUGAAAAAAAAAGUAUAAAAAAUCCAAAUUCAAAAUUACAAGCAAAUAAAUUUUUCGAAAAAGAGCAUAUAUGCGGUCGCCAAUGCAUAAACAUCGAUCAUUGGCUCAUUCCAAUCGAAAUAUAAUCCUUUUGAAAAUUUGUCCCCAAUAUUUGCAAUAGUAUAAAUUAACGACAUGUCUCAAUUGGAUAAACUUCAAAUAAAUUCAUUGUACUUCAGUAAA